AUGUCCCACAACGCAGCCAACUCGCAGCAGCGCCCACCGCGCGCCGAAGCGGAUCGUGACACCGCAAGCUCUUCGGCAGCCGCCCCUCCUUCGCCCAACGUAGCAAGUCCUUUGCCCGGCAACUACCACCCGAGAUACCCGACUGGCUACCAAAACCCACCGCCAGCUCUCAGUGGGCACUCGCACUACCAUCAACAUCACCCAGCUCACCAGGGCGGUGCUGCUUAUUCCCCCUACGCCGACAGCUACGGCUAUGCUGGCCAACCUUACCAGCCUGCCCGCCACAGCGUCGAUACGCUUCAGUUCGCACGCCCUCCUCCGAGCCGCAGUCUGUCUCAGAGCUCCGGCUCCAGUAGCGUGGCAACUUCUCACGAAGCGGCUGGCGCUUCGCACUACUCACCUCACUACUCGCCCUCGUACGCGGCUGCGAAUGCGCCCGUUGGCCACUCGGCACGCACCAGGUGGGCGUGGGUUCCUAUCGAGGUUCCGCAAACCCACAUAUCCGAUGAGGCCCAUUUGCAAUACGCUCCCUACCCGGCUAACUUUUACGUCCCUCCGGGUGCUCCGGUCACACACGCGCCUUCGACCUCCCACUCGCCCUAUCAACAACCGUACGGCGAACCGCCAGUUUCGGCAUCUUCAGUGUAUGGUAUGCCGGCCACACCGCCAAACUACACGCCAACGUAUUCAUACCAUCCACACCCAGCUCAUUACAUGCCUCCACCAGGUGCUCACAACGCCCACCCCCACGUCGCAGCACCGGCUCGAGCAUCCCGCUCCGGCUCUCAACAUGGUGGCUUUGCAUCCGCAGGCGCCAAGGCAGACAGUGUUCCAGGAGCUGGUAGCCGUCCGCCUUCGAAUCAAUCCAGCCGUUCCACCAGUGCUCAACGACGAACAAGCUCCAACUCGUCCGGCAACCAUUCGUCGCCCCACCCAGUGUCUACAACACCUUUGCCACAUCGAGCUCCUGCGUCCCCGCUCGAUCCUCAAAGUGUCGUGCAUGCGCCCAAGACUCGCUCGUCGCAGCCUGUCGACUUGGCUGAGGAAGAGGAUCUGCAACCUAUAGCUGAAUCAGACGUCGUUGCCGUCUCAGGAUUAGCCUCCGAGGCCGAGCUGGACGCCAUGUUCGACGCCACCGUCGAUCCGAGCGCAGCCGAGCGCGUGCCGGGCAGUGGUUUGCGACCGCACUAUCAUCCACAGCAAGGUCCUCGAUCCGACUGGGUUCUGUGGUGCGGCAAUGUGCCGCAGGAUGCCACCGUAGAAGAGCUGUGGGAGGUGUUUUCGCGCUUGACCCUUGACGAGUAUCGUCGCUGGCUCGCUUCUCCUGAAGGCCAAGAACACGCCGCCGAAGGGGCGGAAGCGAGCACAGACGGCGAUGUCGAGGAGCACGGCGUCUUGUCCAUCUUCAUCAUCUCACGUAGCAACUGCGCGUUUAUCAACUACGCCAGCCUACCUCACCUGACCCGCGCCGUCAAGUAUUUCCAUGGCAAGCAGGUGCGGCCGCUCGAUCCCAGGUGUCCCAAGCUGGUCUGCCGUGUGCGCAAGAAGGACGACGAGGCGCAGGCCGGUGUCGCCGGACAACGUGGUCGUGGCAUCCACGUCGCAUGGCUCAAGCAGCAACGAGAGCUCGAGCGAGCCCGCGACGCACCCAACGGCGAGCUGCCAUCGAAAGAGUCGCCCUUUCCGCUGCCUCCAAGCGAGCCGCUUUCUCCGCUGUCUCCGCUGUCUCCACCACCGCCCAAAGACGCGCCGCCCCAGGUCGCUGUGGGGCUCACCUCGGCUGCCUCGUACAGCUCGAGCGGCUCGGCCUCGUACGCGUCGACAAACUCUUCGCUCUUCCGUCAUCCGGCCUUCCGUCAUCGCUUCUUCAUCCUCAAGAGUCUUCGCACCGAUGACCUGGAUCGCUCCGUCGAGACCGGGUACUGGGCCACACAGCCGCACAACGAGAGCGUAUUGGACCAAGCGUACCGCAACAGCGAAGCCGUCUACCUCAUCUUUGGUGUCAACCAGACCGGGCAGUUUCACGGCUACGCCAAGAUGGCCGGGCCCAUUUUCACGUCCACCAAUGAAACCAAGAAAAAGGACGAGCAACGCCGUCGAGCCAGCCUGUCUUCGGUUCUCUCCGCUGCAUCCAGCGGCGUGCCCACGACUUCCAUCCCUGAGUCGGUCGAAGAGAAUGCCACCGAGGACGACUCCCCUCUGUCGGGUGCGGCAGCCUCCCCGCACGGUUCGGGCUUGCGACAUCCUCAUCCUACGCUGGAGAAGCGCGACAUCGAGGCUGCACGCAGUAUCUUCAGCACCUUGUCCGUCGAUGCAGGUGUCGAUGCAUCGCAUGCGGUGCCCAUGACGUCGCCUCUGCCAAUCACCCCGUCUGUGGAGGAAGCCGGAUUUGGCAAGGCUGUAUCGCCCCAGCGCCAAGACACCAUCACGCAACAGACGGCUGAUACGUCUGCCCACUCGAGCACCUGGCCGUACACGUCGCGCAAAAACACCAGCGCCGAAGCCAGUGCGAGUGAGCGACUCCGGCUUGCGUCUGCGCCUCUGUCGGACAGCCCGGAAGUUCGCGUCACUGCAGAGCCGGACGAGUACGGCGUACGUCGCAUCGACAUGGAGGCCGAGUCGGCGCACACCCUCUCAAGUCAGAGCGAACAUCCGUCUCUGGCGCCGAGCGACUCGGCUUCGUGGUCGUCAGCGGACCCUCGCAUGGCCGAGCAGAUUGCGCUGCGCGCUGUGAUCCACAACUUGCGUCUGGACGAAAAGGAAUCGCGCGGCCAGGCCGAGAUGCUCGAGAAUCAGCUCCGCUCGUCGUCCGCCAACACUGACACCACUGCGACGGCGAAAGGCUCGGACCAUGAAGGCGGCUCAGGCGAGGAUGUUCGUACUCCGCCGCGCCAGUCGUCGUCGGACUCGUGGGGCAAGCCGUUCCGCGUGGAGUGGAUCCGUACGGACCCGCUGCCGUUCCAGAGGGUCAAAAAGCUGCGUAACCCCUGGCGAGACAAUCGUCAGGUCAAAGUGUCUCGCGAUGGUACUGAGCUGGAACCGGGCGUCGGACGCCAGCUUUUGGAGGAGUGGAAUCGACUUCAUGCGGCAGCACCUGCUCCCGUUGACAGCACCAAGGUCAGCACCAAGCGGAUCGAUCCAAGCUCGUCUGCAGCACGUCCGACCAGCGACGAGGACGAGUGA